AAGGAAGGAUUCCAAUAUGUCUGAUGUUUCUAGUAGGGACUUGAAUUUAGCACAUUGCUUACAAAACCAUCUGGAGACACGUACAGGAGAUAAUUCACACAAGUGUGACGUCUGUGGUAAAGAGUUUAGUUACUUAUCCAAGCUACAACGGCAUUACAGGACGCAUACAGGAGAGAAACACCACAAGUGUGACGUCUGUGGUAAAGACUUCAAGGAGGCCUCUCAUCUACACUCACACCUGCGCACACAUACAGGAGAGAAGCCAUACAAGUGUGAUAUCUGUGGUAAGGAGUUUAAGGAGAACUCUCACCUCAAAAAGCACCUCAGGACACAUUCAGCACAAAAACCGUUCAAGUGUGACGUGUGUGGGAAGGAGUUCAAGGAGGCAUGCCAAGUACGGGAACACAUUAUGACUCAUACAGGGGAGAAGUGUCACACAUGUCAUGUCUGUGGGAAAAAAUUCAUCAAAGCCUAUGGUCUACAGGUACAUGUCCGAACACAUACAGGCGAAAAACCAUUCAAGUGCGACGUUUGUGGUAAGGGGUUUAGUCAAGCAGCCAACCUACAAACACAUAUCCGGACACACACAGGAGAGAAGCCAUACAAGUGUGAUGUCUGUGGUAAAGCUUUUAGUGACUCGUCAAGCUUACAGGUACACAUACGGAUACAUACAGGGGAGAGGCCAUACAAGUGUGAUGCUUGUACUAAGAUGUUUAGUGCUGCAUCAAGUCUUCAGAGACACGUCAGGACACAUACUGGAGAGAAGCCAUACAAGUGUGACGUCUGUGGUAAGGGGUUUUGUGCCGCGUCAAAUCUACGAACACAUAUCAGAAUACAUACAAGAGAGAAGCCCUACAAGUGUUACAUUUGUAGUAAGGCAUUUAGUAAAGCAGCUUACCUGCAAACACACAUCAGAAGACAUGCAGGGGAGAACCCAUAUCAGUGUGACGUAUGCGGUAAAGGAUUUAGCCAGGCAGCUAACCUACGAACACAUAUCAGGAUACAUACCAGAGAGCAGGCGUUUACUUUCCAAUGUCAGGACUCCAAAAUCUGUGUGGGGCAGCAAAGUCAGGAAUGAAAGUACUACAGUGUUCCAUAAGUAGGUCACAGUGACCCCAGUGUACAAUUCCACUUGCCAGAUGGUUAGGCGCCCGGGGCUUGAAGACAGAAUGUUUGAGAUAAUGAAAAUUUUCAAUAUUAACUAUGAAAUUAUAGCUUUAGGUCAACCUGGUAGACGAUCUCAAAAUCAACCUGCGGACUAGUAUCUAAAAAUGAAAUUGUACGCUCAUGCUCGUAUUCGAUAUGAAAAUUUUCACUAGCACCGACACUGAAAGUCUUCUAGCAUUGGGUGUCUAGGCUAGGUCUGUAGCACAAUCAUGGGUCCGUAUUGGGUGUCUAGGCUAGGUCUGUAGCACAAUCAUGGGCCCAUAUUGGUUGUCUAGGCUAGGUCUGUAGCACAAUCAUGGGCCCUUAUUGGGUGUCUAGGCUAGGUCUGUAGCACAAUCAUGGGCCUGUAUUGGGUGUCUAGGCUAGGUUUGUAGCACAAUCAUGGGCCCGUAUUUAUGAAACUGUUAACAUAAAAAUAAAAUAUGAUUUUGUCAAUGAUUUGAAAAACUUUCAAAAGACUUAAAGCAGAAAACUGUAUCAUUGAUUUCAUUCGACUUUUUGAUCGUUUGACAUGAUUGAAGCGAGUUACAAGAAAGUUGGUUUUGAACACAAAAUCCAUGCAUGGGCAUAAAAACUGUUUCAUGUUUACGGGCCCAGGACACAUAUUCAUGAAACCAUACUAGGGACUGAAUUCCGUUUUCUAUGUUUAAACGUGACUUUUUGACCAUGUCAUAUGAUUUUAAUCCAGCGGCAAGAAAGUAGGUUUGAGCACGAGAAUGGCUUCAUGAAUAUGGACCCAGGACUUGAAACUUGUUGUUAUUGUACAUGUACUGUACUGUUUUCCACUGCCCAACAACAAUUUGUGUAAGUUUGGGCCAAUGAAAUUUUUUGUGUGACAAUACUGUGGGAAGGGUAAGUGGAGAUCACAGAAUCUUGUUACCGUAUACCGGGAAAAAUGUUUGCUGCAGUUUUAUUUCCGCCUUCUUUAGCCUGCCGUAAUGAGGAUGAAUUUGUCAAUACACUGAACAUUAGUCAACAAAAUUGUAUGCAAGAUUUAAUUUGAAGGGCGAAAUUAACAUAUAUAUGGAUUAUUCUGAAGAGGGGUGAACAUUUCCUGGUGUAGUAUAUAUGCCUGUAUGCCUGCCAUAAAGGAGUAACUUAUGAUAUAGCCUCUAUUCGUUUGUCCUUCAAAUAUUUUGAUAUUGCACAACAACUUUCCUGAAUACAUUAAUGUGCAAUCCUGCUAGCAUGACACCGGGGCUAGUAACAAAUUCCAAUGUUAACUAUGAAAAUAUAAGAAAAAUAAAGGUCAACAAAGUACAACUUUUAAAAAUUGACCUGAAAGCAAGUAUUAUAAAAUGAAAUGGUACUACCCUGGAGAGUUAUCAGGUCUGUUUGAAGCUUGGUCAGCAACUGUGAUCAAGUUCAGCUUUUAUGGAAGUCUGUGUGAACUAAUUAGCAAUUCUCAUCAUUCAGAUUGGUUGAUUGAUAGAAAUCAUUCUUCCCCUAGCUACAUUUAGGGUGUGACAGAGAAAUCUCCAUCCCGAGGGAUGAUGUUCUUGAUUUUCUUCCACCCUUCACAGGUGUCUCCCGUUUUAGCCCGGAAAGAUCAGCCUGUCACCCCCUAAGGGGAGAUAGCCUUGUGCUGAUUAGCAAAUGUUCAUUUGUGACGUCAUUGAAAUGUGUCACUGGUAAUUGUGACGUCAUCAAAAGUGAAUGACGGUAUUCGUACCCCACAUGCGUUUUUGUUUACAAACAGACUACUGUCAGUGGAUUGUGACUGAAAUAAUAUGAUGGGAAAACAAAUUAUCUUCCCCUAAC